GACACGCACAGCCAUUCUUGCUUGUCAUUUCUCAUCUUGCCCUCACACAGAUGUCACGCCGCGAGAUCCCUACAUCUUGAUCGUACACCAUGUCUUCCUCACCCAAGACCGGCGAGGAAGUGGCUGCCUCGCCUCGUCCGACAUCGCCUUCUUCGUCCCCUGACACCUCUUCACCAUCGCCCACUCCACAUUCGUCCUCUGGACUUUCUCCAGCUCACCUGAUAACCGCAGCUAGCGUUGCUCUUGGCCUACUCCUGCUCCGUUCAGGCUUCUUCAACGUCGUCCUCGUCGUAGCAACAUCUGUCCUCCUGCUUCUCAAUCCUUACGUGCGCACUUUCCUCGAUCUUCCUCCUGGCAAGGAAGAUGGUCAGGGUGGUCUCUUUGGGCUACUGGACCCAGCAGGAUACUUUACCUCCUUCUCUUUCACCAAAAAGUCCAUGGACAACGAGUCGGACGAUGAGGAAGGUGACAAGGAGUCACGCCAACGGCGAGGUCGCGAUUACGAGGAUCGCCAGCUGGCUCCUCUGCCCGCCGAGCUCAAGCAGUCGCUCGAUCAGCUGGCGCCCUUGGUAGUACGAGACUUCGUCAAUGGCUGGUACACCCACCAUUCAUUUGGCUACCCUGUAUUUCCUCGCGCGGUGCGAUCCACCAUCGACCAUAUGGUCGCCUCUGUGUACACUCGCACCAUCACCUCGCGCCUCCACGCCGUCGAUGUCACCACGGAGCUGCUUCUCACCGGAUCGUCCGUCUUCUUGACCUGCCUGCGCAGGAAGAGAAAUGCUAAGGCGGCCGCCGAUGCGGGCGACAGGAUGGCUGCUCAAGCUUUACGCAGAGGUGGAACGGGGCACUGGAACAGCAACGAAGAGAGGAUUGCAUCGCUGCGGUCCGCAAUGAGGGCCUUCUUUGAAAGGCAUUUACCCCCGCAUGAGCGCGAAUCGGACCUCAUCUUCAACCUCAUCACCGAAGUCCUGACCAAACAACUAUGGAAUCUAAUUCUUACUCUGGGCGAGCCCGACUUCCUUAACCGUAAUCUGGUUGCGUGGAAGGAGAGCCAAGUCGCAGUCGCAUCAGCGGCUCCUCCUGGUCGUGCCAGCAUGGACACUCCCUCUACUGGCGCGACCGGGCCUUCUCCUCCUUCGCGACCACUGUCUCGCGCACCAGACAUGCCGCUCUCGCCGACCGCUCUCCCUGACACAGGCUCAGAGAUCCCUCGCCCGCCUUCGACAAUCCAAGGAGAGCGCUCACGGCCGGCCUCGACAGCGCCAGAGAAACAAUCGUCGACCUCUCAGCCCCCACCUCUGCCGCAGCGCAGUGGUACCUUGAACGUCCCCAGCCCAGGUCCUGACCGCAACAUGAUCUCGACUCCGCCUACGCGCUCCGACUCGCCCAUGAUGCCAUCUUUCGUGGCCUCGCAACAGCCGCGCGCUAUCCCCAGGAUGAUGUCGCCCAUGCGUCCUGCCUCGCCGUCUGCACAGACGCCAAUCAGGCAGAACACCACACCGGCAUCGGGUGCGCCGCCGAGGAUGCAGAGUCCUUCUGCGUAUAACGUGCCCUCGCCUUCCGCUCAUCGCGGUAGUGUUGCAGGGUACCCGCAGAGGACUUCCUCCGACUUGCAAGACGGCUUCUCGGCCGUCGUCGGUGGGCUGGGAAGCGCUAUCAAGGGUAUUGGCAAGGGGGCAGAUGCUAUUGCUGGAGGUAUAGGCGAUGCGCUGAUCAGCAAUCAACCUGACGAUGAGCCACCAUCGCGCUCGCCAUACCGUCACAGUAACCCACACAGCGAGGCGUGGCAGCGCGGGUCAGCCGCAGUCAAUGACGCCGCAAGCCGCCCCGAUGUCCUUCAGCCGUCGAACAACGCUGUGCGUCGCAAGCAGCCUCCUUCGGAGCAAAGCAAGGGCCAGAACUCCUCUUCCACAGAUGAAAUGGCCUCUCAGCCCGCCUGGCCAAGCAACCUACCUCACGACUUCAACGGCGUCGCAGAGGGAGACAAUCUUCCAGAGAGCCUCAAGGCUUCCCUCCGCACAGCGUCGCCCUCGCGCAUCUCAAGUCCACCGUCGAUGAUGACUUCGCAGCCUUACAGGCGGUCGCAAGAUCCAAUCAGAUCCAGACCUGAGAGUCCGGCUGUAUCACGCUCUCAGGGAGCGAGUGGUGAAGUAGCAGCCGCGGCAACGCAGCCCAGUCAAGCGCUUGGACUGCCUCCUCGCCCUCCAGCGCCAGCUUCUGGGCCUGAACUGCCACCGCGCCCCAUUGAUACCGAACAUGCCUCCAAGCGCUCUUCGAUACCACCCGCCCCGGCACUGGAUAGCGUCCUCUCGCGCAGCGACUCUGAAGGCCUCUAUGACGCCUUCGAGGCGUUCCUGGAAAACCCCCGGCGUGACAUGCCCAAGAGUGGCGUCUCCAUCGUGCUGGGUGAGGGAGAAGAACUUCUCCGUCUGCACAUCGGUCUUGCUACGAUCGAGCGCUUGGUACCCAAGGGCGCGGGCGAGGAGUCGGAGAUGUUCCGUGAAGACGCGAGCAGUAUCUUGUCCAAGGCGAGAGACGGAUUGAGAAGAGCGCUUGAUUCGGCCCCCGUAACUGCAGUGGAUGUGGCACCUGCGCAAACUGUGGCAAGGUCACUUGAUACGGCCAUCUCGCAGCUCGGCUUUGGGUCGCAAGGCUUUGAUGCAAAGGAGGGGACGGUGAGAGACGCACUAGAGCCCGUGAGGGAGAGGUUGAUGAGUCGCCUUGAGACACUUUAUGCGGCAUUUUGGAGACAACGUAUGGAGAGCAAGAGUACAACUGCGGCACCAAAAUCUGCUGGCACUGGUCUAGCCUACGAGCCAAGACGCAAGGACCCGCACGCGGCAGGCAGCUCUGCUCCGGCAGCAACCGGCACUCCGUUGCGCAGUAAUGCAGGCCUGCCCUCCCAGCCACCAUUGCAACGCACCAGCUUUGAGGCAGGCGGCGGUAUCGGCAGCGCAUCAGCGUCCCCCAUCAUGGCAAAGCGCGCCUCAUUGCAGGCGCCUAAGCCUCGCUCAGCGAUGAUGGAUCAGCUCAUCCGGCUGGGCGACGAUGAUGACGAUGACGACGAGCACGAACACCACGAUGCCGAGUCCACCCUGCUCGGUCCCACUGCUUCAGGGCAGGAAGGUACAGGAGGAGUCCUUGUCACAGUGACAGACAUCUCCUCGAACGUGGAGCGUCCGAGUUCGCAAGUAGACAUAAAGACUUUCGAAUUUAUGUGCGCCGUUGAGCCCUCUCCUGCGGCUAUGGCAGCCGGGUCGAGCGGGACGGCUGGCGGGACCAGUGACCUCUUUGAGUCAUCGGGCGGCUUUGUCCUGGUUCGACGUUGGGCUGAGGUGGUCACCAUGGACCGAGACUUGCGCAAGACUGCGGCGGUCUCACAGGGUGUCAGCCUUCCGCCCCUCCCGACCACAAAGGGGCGUACCAGCUCAACCCUAUCUUCGGACCUCGAGAUGUAUCUGGCGAAGAUCCUCUCCACGCCGGAGCUCGCUUCAACUUCGCCCGUUGCGCAAUUCGCCGAUCGUACGAGGGCGGCAGCUGCAGCUGAGGCGGUGGGUAAGGGUGGCUUCAAUCCAUUCUCGAGUGGGGUUGAGCUCGGACGCAACCUGGGACGCAACUUCGUUGAGGGCGUGGGCGCGGUGGGCAAGGCAGCGAGUACGGGGUUGCAGCAGCAGCUUGUGCAGCCAAUGGGGACAGGAGGGCCGCAACAGGGAGCGCGGAGUGUGGGACCAGCGCCCGCUCCACGAACAGUCAAGGCAGGCGAGAGCGUCAAUCUUCACUCAUCGCGCGAAGCCAACGAAGCUGAUCCAACCUCACGCACACAAUCACCCGUCAAGCAACUGGACAGCGGCGGCACCCACGCUCCUUUGCCUACCGCUCCUCGCGGCCUCUCUCCCCGCGCUCUCGACGCGCUCCUGACCUCCAUGUUCGCCCUAGCAGACGAGGCCCUCUCCCUCACAGGCGCUUGGUCCAUGCGUCGAGGGGUGGUCCGCUUACUACAGUCGGUCAUCCGCCAAUCUUACUCUGCAGCCAUCGUCUCCGCCUUCGAAGGCACCACCUCAGCCUUGAGCGUCAGCUCUGUCUCUGGCUGGAUGGACAAGGCUCGCACGACCUUUUGGAGUCAGGACGAAGCGGCUAAGUGGAUCUACGUCAAGGGAGCACCGAGGACAGCGAGGGAUAGGGUGCAGAGUGAGGAGGCGGCACGCAAGGUUGUGCUGGGCUACGCGCCGGCGCAAGCUGCAUUCGUGCUCGGACCUGGAGGCAAGCAAGCGUGUGAGAGGGGAUUGGAGGCGAUCCAUGGAGUUGUGUGUGAGGAUGAAGGAGCACUCGAUCUGGUGCUGACGCUGGCGCUUAGGCUGAUUCAAAUGGUGUAGGCGCGCAGCGAGGCACGGAGGCUCGCCCAACGGAUUGUCUUCUUCAUACGCACAGCCGGGAGUUUCUGAGCUGGACUCGACUUUGGGCAUACUGCGCAGGGCUGCAGGCUUUGUAUGAUAUCUCAACUGCUGAGCUGCUAUUGCAAUAGGCCGGCGAGACAGUGUGUCUCCCGCCUCAUGGUGGUUCCCCUCCCCCUGCUCCUACUCUUUCUUUCCAUACCUGAUGCUACAUCUAGUGAUGGUGUCCCUCGCCGUGCGUGUCGAGCUUGUAGCCCACCAGGGAACGUCGCCCAAGCAUCUCGCCAAUCGUGAAAAUUCCAUACGCCUCGACAGCGUA